UUCUGCCUGGGCUGCGAGCUCGUGUGGUUUUGGCAUUUUGGAUGGAUCUUUCUUAGCGCCUGGCAGGGAUCAAGAUUGGCGCGAUCACGAUCGCGAUCGCAAGGCUUGGCGCGCGAUCGCGAUUUUCGGAUUUUGUGCCAGUGCCGCGGAGCAGAGCAGCGCAGGGAUCGGUCAGGCAGUCAGGUCGCUCUUCUUUGGAUCGAGGCCGAGCGCAGCGCGAGUAGCGAUUGUUUCUCGUCCUCGCGGCAGUAAAUGCGUCGCUCGUAACGCUUGGCGAUCCAUUUACUGCUGGAGUCGGCUCCAAUCGCUGGCUAGGGUUUGAGCAAGAUCUCCUGCGAGCUCGAAAUUCUUGUUCUUGGUGAUCGUCCAGCUCGAAAUAUCGGCUCCAGAGCGAGAAUCGCGAAUUCUCCUCGCUGGUAACAGUGAUCUAGGAUGAGGCGCCGGCUCAAGGGAAAGGUCAGUGCCGGGUUCUCUGAAAGUGCUCGAGACCCGGUCUGAGUAGUCGCGGUCUUGGAUUCCGGCUGCCACAUUUUAAUUCCACUCCAUCGAUCUUUAUUCCCCAUGAUCAUGGCGUAGCUCGAUCAUAGGAAGCGAAGGAUGGAUGGAGCUCUGGGAUUGAUACUUGGCAUCUCAAUUGGCCUAGGAAUUGGGCUGCUCCUCGCCUGCGCGGUGUUUCUUUGCAUCCGGGCGAACAGGCGGAGGAUCGAGAGGAGGAAUUGGAGCGAGCGGAGCACGGCGGUGCUGCCCAUCCGUGUGAAUGGCGUCGACUCCAGCUCGGUGAUGUCCGAUUCGUCGACUGCGCCGCAAGCUCUAGCUUCCAAGGAGGCUGGCUUGUUUACUUCGUGGUUGGGUGGAAGAGGAAAACGCUUCACUGCCAUCAAUGCUGGGAUCACAAGAUUUUCAUACAGGGAGUUGCAAAAGGCCACUAACAAUUUUACGACGCUGUUGGGCCAGGGAGCGUUUGGCCCAGUGUACAGAGCAACGCAGCCUUCCGGGGUUGUGUUGGCCGUCAAGGUUUUGGCGUCAAACUCCAAACAAGGCGAGAGGGAGUUUGAGACUGAGGUGAUCCUUAUGGGACGAUUGCAUCACAGAAAUCUAGUGAAUCUGGUGGGAUAUUGUACCGAGCGAGAGCACAGGAUGCUUGUGUACGAGUACAUGAGCAAUGGCAGCCUUGCAGACCUUUUGAGCAGCAAGGAGCCCCUGAAGUGGGACUGGAGAGUUCGGGUUUCCCAAGAUAUUGCCAGAGGGAUCGAGUACCUGCACGACGGGGCAGUACCGCCCGUGAUCCACCGGGAUAUAAAAUCCGCAAACGUUUUGCUGGAUUACUCAAUGCGAGCGCGCGUUGCUGAUUUUGGACUCUCGAAAGAGCUGAGUGACGACGUCGCCGUAUCGGGCUUCAGGGGGACCUUCGGCUAUAUCGAUCCGCAAUUCAUUGCCACGAAGACAUUCACGGAGAAGAGCGACGUGUACAGCUUUGGCGUCCUGCUGUUCGAGAUCAUCACGGGACGAAGUCCACAACAGGGACUCAUGGACUACGUCCAGUUGGCAGCGAUGGACAGCGACAGUGUGGGCUGGACGGAGCUGGCCGACAUCCGGCUGGACGGGAAGUGUAACUUGGACGAAGUGGCGGCCAUGGCCUCGAUCGCCCACUCGUGCUUGGAACCUCUCCCGUCCAAGCGACCAAGGAUGCGAGAGGUCGCACAGAGCCUCCAGCUGAUCGGUAAGAAACGAUUGCUCGUAACAACAGAUACAAUAGACCAAGCUCUCGAUCAUCAACGCCACCAUGAUCAUGGUCCGCAAGAUCAUCGUCACCAAGUUCCCUACGGUGCUCAUCGCGGUCACCAGCAGCAGCUAGAACUGGAAGCCGGUGUAAAUGGAAAUGGGCUUCCCAGAGGUGAAUGGAGUAAACCAUUCCACCAACAAGAGCACGAACCAACAGACCAACAAUAACGAACAACUCAAAAGAAGUAUUACCACUUCCUACUGUAAGAUAAAAAAAAUGCUUUGGGGUGAGAGAGGCUCGAACUCCCGACCUCAGGAUUUCCCAGAAGCUAUGAGACCUACGCGCUAGCCAACUGCGCCACCA